AUGCCGACUGCCAAGGCAGAAACUGACUUAGAGGCAUCCUGGAGCAUGCGCAUCAAUAGUCAAGAAUGCGUAGGUUCAGAAGUUGAAGGUCCUACUCAACCAAACAAUUCGUCAAUGCAGCAAACGAGCAAGGAUAAUGACACAUUAGCUUCAAGUAUUUCAUUGACGGAUGGAAAACAGACGGCACUGAACAAUUCAUCACCUCCCACAGAAGAUGCCUUGGCCUUGGUGAUGAGGUGCGUGGCCCGCUUGACCACCGUGAAGUUGCCCUUGUUGAUGGUGCAGUCUCACAGCCGGCUUCGGUCUGCGGGAGGCCGCAGCAAUGGGGGAGGCCAAGGGUCCUGGGGGCAGCAGAGGCAGCAGGUGGCCUGUCGCCAGGCUUCCCCGCUUCCUGGCCCCGUUAACUCUUCAUGUCCUGUAUCAAUCAAUAAAAAGGCUGUGCUCAGUUGCCCUCCUAUCCAACCGACAACAUUGAUAAUAACGUGGGAAAUAAACCUUAGAGACAAGCCUUCCUGCAAAAAAUCCUACAAAAGUGAAACAAAUGAGUCCUUGGACACCAAUUGUACUGAUGAGAGAAUAACCUGGGCCUCCAGACCUGAUCAGAAUCCCGACCUUCAGAUUGAUCCAGUGGCCAUCAAUCAUGAUGGGUAUUACAAGUGUGAGAUGGCAACAAUCCAUGGGAAUUUCCAACAUGGAUAUCACCUCCAAGUGUUAGUUUCCCCCGAAGCGACCCUGUUUCUAAGUGAGAACAGAAGUGUGGUGUGCAAGGCAGUUGCUGGGAAGCCAGCUGCACAGAUCUCCUGGACCCCAGAGGGAGACUGUGUCACUCAGCAAGAAGGUUGGGGCAAUGGCACGGUGACUGUUGAGAGUACAUGCCACUGGGAAGGCCACAGUGUGUCUACUGUGACCUGCUCUGUCUCCCAUUUGACUGGCAACAAGAGUCUGUCCAUAGAGCUGAACCCUGUUACAGGUACCAAAAUAUCAGCAAAAUUAUAUAUUUAUAUCAUCCUUCCUAUUAUUAUUUUGAUCAUCGUGGGAUCCAUUUGUUUUUUGAAAAUCAGUGACUGCAGAAAAUGUAAAUUGCAAAAGACAGAACCUACUGCAGCUGCUGAGGAGGAUGAAAUGCAGCCCUAUGCUAGCUACACUGAAAGGAACAAUCCACUGUAUGAUACUACAAACAAGGUGAAGACAUCUCAGGUGUUACAAAGUGAAGUUGAUGGCACAGGUUUCCAAAUUUUAUAA